UACCAUCAAGUUCAGUGGUGAAAAAAUACAGGUGAAUACAGGUUAGAAAUUAUCCAUAGAAUUAAUAAUCAAGUUUUAAUUUAAGAGUUUUCGCACUUUUUACAUAUGAUGAUGGAGGAAGUUGACAAUAUCAUUAUUCACUCGUUGCGUCAAAUAGGCUGUGAUAUCGAAGAAAGCAUAACGAAUUUAGGAAGCUUUAAUACUGAAUUAAUUGUAGAGGCAACUGUAAGAUGUUUAGAUAUAAUAAGACCUGGUCUUGGUUUAUCAGCAGUGUUGCCAAUGAACAUGGCAGCACGAUUUCGAUUAGGAGCUUCUUUGGCACAGGCUUGUUCGGAAAUUGGAUACAGAGGUGACAUAGGAUAUCAAACUUUUCUCUACAGUUCCGAAGCCGAUUUACGGCGUGUAUUAAUGUUCCUCAUUGAAAGAUUGCCAAAGGAAAGCGACAAUACUGUUAACGAACCAACAAGUAAAAUCGCCUUAUUGGAAAAGUCUCUUGCCGCGACAAUAUCACAAGACUUUCAAUCAUCAUGGAUCUCUGAUUUAUCACAAGAGCGUGAAAGAUUCACUGGAAGAACGAAAGCACCUUUUAGAACUGUACCAAUUGAUGUAGAUUCAAAAGAAAAAGGAGAAGAAUAUCGAGAUUAUUAUAUUCAUUAUCAAAAAUCAGUGCCUGAGCAAAUGCCGAGUCCUUUCAGUCUCUUACCCUCUGUCUUAUCGCAUAAUGCAAAGUCAACGAAUAUUUUGCCAACAAAUAUAAUUGAAAGGCUAGAUUGGCUCAAUUCUCAGCAAGAAGAAAAGUCGUCAAGUUCAAAUUUCGGCAGCAUUCAUGCCUUAAAUAGAUUUGCUUCCAGUGAAAAGACUGAAAGUCCUCAAAUCGAAACACAACAAAUAGAGGAACAAAAAGCUUCGAGUGUUGCAAUAUCGAAGAAACCUUCGAUAGAUAAAUUAGACAAUAGUGGUCAGGACACGAUAAAAAGACUAACUUUAGAAUGUGAAAGUUUACGAAAUGAAAUUGAGGAUAUUCAAGUGGAGAGUAAAAAGCUUAGUGGAAAAUUUGCGCAUGUGACAAUCGUCGAGCAAAGUGAGGAGAAAGAACUCACAGCUCUUGAAAAGCAAAGAAAAAUAAAAGCAAAAACAUACGACUUAUUAGAAAAUGGAGAUGAAAAUAUUCAAAAAUUAAAGGAGGCAAUUGAAGCAAAUUCAAAUAAACUCAUUGGAUUAGUUAGUCAAUGGGAAAAGCAUAGAUUGCCCCUCAUUCAAAAAUAUCGUGAAGAAAUGGAGAAACAUUCAUCGAAAGCUAGUGCGAGUCAAAGAAAACUCGAUGAAUUGAAAGGUUUGAAGGAGAAAGAAAAGGAAUUGACGGAGGAGAGUCGAAAUAAAGAUCAGCAGUAUUCUCAGUUAAUAGCGGACGUACAAAAACUUCCAAAAGAGGUUAAUAGAUCAGCUUACACUCAAAGAAUUUUGGAGAUAAUCAAUAAUGUUCGCAAACAAAAAGACGAGAUUGAUAAAGUGCUUGCGGAUACGCGAAGCAUUCAGAAAGAGAUUAACACAUUAACGGGAAGAUUGGAAAGAUCUUUCACGAUUGUUGACGAGUUGAUAUUCCGAGAUGCAAGAACCAACGAGGCGUCUAGAAAAGCAUACAAAUUGCUCGCCACUUUACAUUCAGAUUGUAGUGAACUCGUUAAUCUUGUCGAAGAAACCGGUGCUUCAGUUCGAGAAAUUAGGGACCUUGAAGAACAGAUUGACUCGGAAUCAACGAAAAAUGUUGGUGCUAAUUUAGAACGAAUAACAGCCGAUUUAAUGCAAAUGAAGCAGGAGACGGCGAUUUUAACGACACAACUUCAAAAUAAAAAUUCGUGAUCGUUUCACUUUCUUUUGCUUUGUGCUUCAAAGAAAACGACCAAGCCAUACCGAUUGUGCCUUAUUGGCACUCGGAAUUUUGAGUUUUAUAACUCGGAAGAGCUCAAAGAGAAACUCGAUCGAGGAGCCUAAUUUUUUAAAAGUGAAAAAUUCUUUUAUAUACACAAUUGAAAAAAUGGAUUUUUCCUCGAGUUGUCCAUGACGACGAAGUUAAAACUCACAGAUAAAAAAAAAAAAGCCGUUGAGUGAAAACGAGGAAAUUUUUCUGUCCGACAGCGAAUUUAAUGUACAAAAAGUCGGGAUUUUGUAACUUAUCCUGUCAAGAUUAAAAAAAAAAAAAAACGAGAAGACUUAUUGGUUUUUGUUUUUUAAACAAACAAAAAAGUGAAUUAAUUUCAAAAAAAAAUAAUUAUUAAACAAAACAUGUUUGAGAAAUUAAACAAGAAAUUAUAUUUACGUUCAUCUUA